AUGAAAGUAUGGAGCUCUAGGGGCAUCCAGCCGGAUUCACGAAGACCCGACGGCUUCUUUCUGCCACUUCCUCAACACUUUACACAUUGCGUCAAUGUGUCGGCCAUUAACAAGCUUUAUGAGUUUUGUAAAGCUCGAUGCGCAACAUUGGAUGUUUGUGUUAUGCUCAUAUGUUUUCAAUGUGUGAUGAUGGCUUCAACCAUCGGUCUGGUGUCCCGUCGUAAGCAGGCAAAACCACAGCGUCAUCAGGAUCUGCCCAAGGGAGCUGUUCUCCCAACCGAAAUGGACGACAUCGAUGACGGACAGACGGUUGACGCCUAUCCGAUCGACCUCUCCACUAAAAAAUUCGAUCACACUCUAUUUGAAGACCAACGCUCAAAGCUCUUCGAUUCCCUUGCCAGUCUAACCUCUUCACAGAACAUCUUGUCCCUUUGCGCCCAACUAGCUGCACACCGUGAAGCUUCUCGCUCGGCUCCUUCGGAAGCAUCUACUGCUACAAUGGAGACGUCAAUGCCUUUACACAAGCCUACUUUUGAUUGCUCCGCUUCGGAUUGUGACCAGAUUCGUGAGCACGACUGCUCGUCGGUGCUACCGCGACCGUCGUCUGCUGGUUGCAGCCGUGUCUUCUGUUCAAGUCCAGAUGCGGACCGCGGUUCUGUUCCUGCUAUUGCCGGACCAUCGUUCACUCUAGUAGAAAAAACUCGUACUCCUCCACCACCACCGGCUAUAUUUGGACAAUUUUUUCCACAAAAACACCCUGGAUUUCUCAAUUCGACGUCGCCGAAUCUUUUUCCGGUUUCGAUAACUCCUCACUUCGCGAUUCACAACGCACCUCCACCGCCGCCGUUUUUUAUGCGAUCACCUUUCGAGCAGCACCCCGAUAUUUUUGCUCCACGACCCGAUAUCGGUAGCACUGAAGAUGACUGGGAGGCUCUGAUGGAGAAAGGUGUGAGCUUUGGUGUGUCAUCCACUUUCCUCGUAGCAUUCUAUAACAUUAUGGGUGAACGUCCAUUCAAAUGCAAAAUAUGUCAACGGGCAUUCACGACGAAGGGAAAUUUGAAGACUCACAUGGGUGUGCACCGGGCCAAGCACUCCUUCAGGGGCGUGCCAAUCGGCUUGGGUGGGCCGAUGGGUGGUCCGAUAUGCUCGCCUUUGGGAGGAGUAGGUGGAUUCCCUCCGGGAUUGCAGCAAGCGCAACAAUGUCCGAUUUGUCAGAAAAGAUUCAUGACUGCUAUGCAACUGCAAAGUCACAUCUCAGAACACACACACGCACUGACGGCCAGGCAUCUGCCGUCCUCACCGUCUCCCUCCAGCCCAAAACUUAUGCUGCCAUCACGUCCAGGACCAUUUCCACCUCCUUUUCCUCCACUCUUUCCAUUCUUCAAUUCAACAGUGCACAAUGACGGUCGAAUACCAUUUAAUCUCAACCACCUUUUGGGAUGUCAAGUAGAUCAAAACAAGGAGGCCGAGUUGGAGACUGAAAUAAAGGAGGAACCUAGGACAGGUGAAGCCCUAAAACUUACCGCUAUUACCACUCUCGAACUGCCGAAAGUUGAAAUGUCGUCAAUUUCACCAUCUGGUAGCAGCGAAGCGUCCGCAUCCACUGAACAAAAUCACGACCACACCGAUGGAUCAUCGAUGUGCAGAUCAGUUGAGUCGGAUGCUGAUGACCGUAAGCUGCAACAAACUCAUGAUUCUUCCACAGUCGAUACAGUUGAUAAUCCGGUCGUGGCGAUCAAUACCCCAACGCGACCGGUAGAUAACCCUCUGGAAGCGAUGCAGAAGAUGUGGGCAGAAACGGAGCCACCUCCUCCUCGUCAGGUUCCAGUUUUAUCUAAACAUCAAUGCGCUGUCUGCUUUAAGCACUUCAGUUCCAGCUCGGCUCUACAAAUUCAUAUGAGGACGCAUACAGGAGAUAAGCCGUUCAAAUGUGAAAUGUGUGGCCGUGCGUUUACGACACGAGGAAAUCUGAAAGUUCACAUGGGUACUCAUAUGUGGCAACAAAGUCCAAACAGAAGGGGUCGUCGAAUAUUCGACGCAGGAGUGACUGCAGAGGAAAGUGGUCCUCGUCCAGGCUCUCUACCGGGCAGUGGUCUUCCUGUGCCUCAUCCUCUCGGGUUGUUCGCACCAACCGGUGUAGCCAAUAUGGAACUGAUGAUGAUGCUUUGGCGAACGGUGUGCUCUGUCUGUCAAAAGGUUUGUGCCUCACCCAUAGAGCUCGAGCAACAUCUGAAGGAUCAUUUAAGCGGUUCGCUUUCGUCCAGGGAAAACAGCACCACUUCACAAACCAUAUCCUCAUCCGACUAG